UUCCUCUCUUACACGUUCCGUUUUUUUUUUUUAAAUAUCAGGAGUGGACACGACAGCGCACGGGUUCGGCAGCCUAGAGAGGAAAGCGAGGAAAUGCUUUUUGAUUUGAGGACUGUUUGCUCUGCUGGCAUUCGGUGCUUGUGAUCGUCCAGGAGAUAACGCAUUUCUGCACUUUCCCCAUCAUCUUUAUCGCCACUGCCAUCUCUAUUGUCUGAAGCCGGGGGUCAGGAGACAUCACGGUUGUUUGUUUAUUCCAAAGUCGAUUACUCCGGAGGGGGGGAAAUUAAUCGGAUCGACUAAUAUACACAAAAAAUAGACUAGAUGUUUAGAUAGAAUCUAGAUUCAAAAUAGCUUUGCCGUUCCAGCAGCUGAUUUGUUUCUGGAUCAGAUUCAAAGUGAUUUGCAAGAAGAAGAAAAAAGGAUGUUGCAUGAAAAAAUCCACGGAAAGACCCGAGAGUAAAGAAAAGAGUUGGAGCGAGGACUUCAAGAUCAUCAGGACUUUUUUUUUGGACCUGUCACAGUUUAUUACGGUCCUGUAAAACUACAGAACUGUCAAACCUCCGUAUUCAAGCUCCCAUCAACUAACAAAAGAGGGGAAAAUGAUGCUGAGCCCAGAUCAGACGGACCCGGAGCUGCCCUGGAGCCACUCGGACGCCGAAAGCGUGUUGAGCGACAUGAAGGCUGGCUGCAUGUCCGAGGAGCUCAGCACGGACGCCGAGGGCAAAGUCAAAGCGCUCGCGCCGCAGCCGCUCACGCGCGAGGAAAAGCGACGGCGCAGGCGCGCUACGGCUAAGUACCGCUCAGCGCACGCGACUCGGGAGCGCAUCCGGGUCGAGGCGUUUAACGUGGCUUUCGGUGAGCUGCGGAAGCUUCUGCCCACCCUGCCUCCUGACAAGAAGCUCUCCAAGAUCGAGAUCCUUAGACUGGCUAUUUGUUACAUUUCCUACUUGAACCACGUGUUGGAUGUUUAGUCGUGAGAAUGGACAAAAAAAAAAAUUAAGAUGAUUUUUUAUAUGAAUAGGCUAGGUAAACUUACCUGCUCACUCGAAAAGUGUUAGACAGAGGUUAGGGAUUAGGAUAAGAACUUUUUAAAGGUUUUAUUUAAACGUAGAGGCGCUAUAACAAGCCCAAGCAUUCGAUUGGAACUGGAACUGUUCUGAGAUCAGUUUCAGGAGCGCGGGGCGUAUUCGAGUGAACGGGUUUUGCGGUUCUAGAACUGAUCUCAGAACAGUUUGCGCAAAUGAAUUUCUCCAGUCGGAUAGAGCGACGCAUGGUGAGAGCUCCAAGAGUCGUGCACCAUUAAAAAGACAGACUGCGGUCCUUGCUGUAGGCCAGACAUCCAAACAGAGAUGCAAGAACGCCGAGAGGGACCUUAAAAAAAUCACUGGAAUGACGUUAUAACAGUGUAAACAAGUGGAGAGAGAGCAGGGGCUGUAGACCACCAGUUGCACUGAGAUUGAACACAGACUGAUUAGUUGCGUGGUAUAGAUCUGACAUGUCGGGGUUUUUGUUUGUUUGUUUGUUUGUUUGUUUGUUUUCAUUGAGGAAAAAAAAAGAAAAACCAAGUAUGUACAAGUGCCACUUAGAUCAAUUGUUAUUUAUUUAUUUACUUAUUUAUCUGCACUUUUCUCCUAUCGAUGUGUUUAUUUAUUUAUUUAUUUAUUUAUGCUUUUAAUUCGUUAUUUUAAAUUGUACAAUAAUGCUGGGUGUUUGUAAUGUAGGCUAUCGCGUAAACAACGUUACCGUAUGUGUUAGACUGUGACGUUCAAAUUUUCACACACACUCAAAAACACACACUUACAUACACACGCACAUGCACAUACACAAAAAGUUAAAAAUAUAUAUGACUGCACUUUUUGGUGUUUGUUAAUAUUUCGUAUAUUUAUUUUGUGCAGAAACAAAAAAAGAGAUUAGGCUACUCUGAAAAGAAACAAAACUAGAUUCUUCCCCUUUUCCAACUCUGAAAGUAGUUUAAUGUGAAUCUUGUAAGGCUGCUAUAAUUUCAGCUAUAAUGAAAACUUACAGUAACAGAAUGAACAGGUGUUAUAAAUGUGUUAAUUUUUUCCCCAGCAGUAAUUCCCCUUAUGGUUGAUGUGAUACAAUGAAUAAGUGGGAGUUAAGGACUUCCUGAUGCGACCAAAUAUACUGUAACAUGACAAGUAUUUUUUUUGUUCUUUUGUGUGUGUUUUUUUCUGUGUCGCAGUUUGAAAAUGUUCUGUUCAUAAUAAUAAUAAUAAUAAUAAUAAUGCAAUGUUUUAUUUUAUAAUGGGGAAAGAACCAUACCUGCUAUCCAAAGAAUUCUUGUCUUUUCAGGGUCUUGCCCUUAUUGCUUUAUGCACAUAUUUUGUAGUAGAGUUGCUGUGACAGCUGGUUUUUAAACAAAGACAUUUCUUUUAAUAUUUUACUGGUGGGGUGAUUUUUUUUUUAAA